UGACUUUCAACCUAUCGUUCCUGUAUGCGCCCAAACACAGGACAUUUUAUCGAUCUUGCCGCUUCCACUCAAUAUGUCUUUUUUUCCAAUGAGGCAAAAUUCCGUUAAAGCCUCGUUUUGGGAAAAUACCACAAGUUCUUAAUUUCUCUCUCCCAGGCUGUGAACCCGGAGCUUUGAGUAAGAAAAAAGCUACUUGCAGGUAAAUUGCGUUCCUUUGGCGUCUAAUUUGUACAUGACCGCAGUUCCGCUCCGCCAAUAUAAUACAUAUAUAACUCGCCUGUUCGGUCUGGACGUCCUCUUGUUUUUCUCAGUGGUUCUCUCCCCCCUUCGCUCUGUCCGUCUAUCUGAGCGUGCCCUCUUCAAUCUUUUGCGCUCUUGACUUCGAGGACAAACAUGCCGCCGCUGUUUCGUGGGAACAUCGAAGGACUCCUAGAACUCAUUAACUCCAACCCACCUGUGGGGCUUCCGGCCUCGGUCUUUAGCAGGGAGGUCUCCGACCCAUAUUCCGCUCUGGUACACCUUUCUUCUGCCCAAAUCAUUUCAUGGAAGUGUCUAGAGCCUAAACACUCAUCGGGCUCUCAUUUGGUUAUCAUGCAGUUGCAUUCGAUUGCGCUGUCAUCGACCCUGUGGCUUCGCUUUGAGCGAUCAGCGGAUCCGUCCAUUCAUCACCCCACAAACCCUUCAUCGCAUAUCGUCACCCUCUCCUCAAACCCUAAUCUCAUAAGACCUGGAUCAGAUCAGCAUAAGUCUACGGCAGAUAUCAGUCUCGAAAGAUUCACUGUCAUGCACUUUAUUGAUCUCUUCAAUAUCGUACUCGAAGUCCAACGCUACUGGUAUCCUAGGGACUCUACUGCGAGCCAAUCAUCCAAAUGGUUUGCGAAUACCAUGACACACGUGAUACAAAAUCUCGGCACGAACUGGAUGGACAACGGCCACGGUGGCGAAUCAACUCUGAAUCACCGCGCUACACCAGAGGGGUUUCGGCAAAAACUUUGUGCACUCUUUGACAGAGACUAUGUUUCCCCAGCAACGCAAGAAUUGUACAUACUCCGCCGAUUAUUGCAAAACACAAGGGGUGAUCAAUUAUACGAGUUGGAUAUUGACAAUGUCGAAAGUUCCGGAUCACGUACCCCCACUCUUGCAAAUUCCGAUAAGAAAUUCCUUCUACUUUCUCCCUGCUCUUCCGAAUCGAUACCUCCGUAUGAUCCGAACUCGUCCCUCAGUCAACGAUAUGUUCGAGCAGCACAUGAAUUUCAAGGACCACAGCCAGGCGAUUUGUCUUUUUUAGAAGGGGAUCUCAUCGAAUUACUUGAUUUUGGCGAUGGGAACUGGUGGAGAGGAAGGCUGGGCAACGCUGUGGGUGCCUUCCCGCGAAAUUACGUCGAACGCGUUUCGUCCCUCCGUUCAUUACAAGCGAUAACUGACUUCAACCCAUUGCAUCCUUCAUGGGAGGGUCAAUUCAACUGGGAAACAGGCUUACCUCAAACUUACCUCUCCUUCCGAAAAGGAGACAUAAUCGAAUUUGUUGGAACAACACAUGAUAUUUCUUCUUCGGAUGAUUUCAGUCAGGAAGAGUGGUUUGUGGGACAGAUCGGAGACUCGAUCGGACUGUUACCAAAGAGCUGUGUUGAGGCAGUCUGGUUCCCAGAUGAUGAAAAAUGUGCGAGGAAACCUUCAUCGACCAAGUUCAAGGUGCUUUCGACUCCGACGUCGCCUACAAGCCUAACUACUGCUCCACCCCCUUAUCCACCUUCACCAAGCCCCCCUUCGUUACAGUCUCAAAUGGAACUCGGGACGCUAUGAGGCCCGUGGCUCCUACAAUGAAGUCCAUGUCACCAUCCUCUCCCCUGCACUCCCUCAUCUCUUGAUCGAUCAACACAACACAACACUGGAGCAGUUCCAAAGUAGUGGAUUAGUUAACCAAUAUCUAUGGGAGCGAUUACAAUUGCAUUCCCCUACCCCCAUUUUUUAUAGUUCGCUUAACGUUCCUGAUCCUCCCGUCCGCGGAGGAUUUCACUUCUACUA